AGAUACAAUACUCAGACAUACAGUGGACAUUGGAUAUCAGAUAUCGGACAUUCAAACUUUCUACUCUACUUCAAGAUGAACGAUAUGAUAAUGAUGAUGGUUCAAGUAUUAUCAGUAAAAAUAUUACCGCUAAGCGUAUUGCUUCUCAUUAUUGCUAUCACCAAAUCAGAUCAGUUCUAUGAUCCAACCACGCGAGAUUAUGUCGAGACAUGUGAUGAAAUGGCUCAGUUAGCUGGCGAUAAUUUUUGCAGGGUAUUUGACAUUUGCUGUCGAGAUCGUGCAAAGAACAAAUUGAAUGGUGAUCGCUGUCAAUUAACUGAUCCCACUAAUGGAUGUCAACUCACUGCUGAGGGUAAAGUGAAAUUUCUACGAUGUCGAGCUUAUAACUGUACUCCUGAGGUGACAACAACUACAACAACAACAACUACAACAACUACAGUACGAGCACUUUUUCUCAGUUCUUCAUCAACAU